UUGUAAAUAAAUAAUAUAAAAGUAAACACACCGACGAGGUAAAUUGUGUUUACAGCAACAUGCAGCCUACAGCCGCACCUUGCAGUGACUUGUGUCGCUGCGGGAGUGGCGGGAAUAACAAAAGGUGUCUCUGUGCUCGAGGUUGGGCUCGCAAGGCGUUCUCGAACUCUCUGCUCAGAGGGGCUGAAUGGAACCAUUAAGGGGGUUUAAGUUCAAAUCUGUAAGGUGUUUUAAUAGGUUCCACUCAUAAUCUUUAAGGAUUUAACAAGUGUUAUAUCCAGAACAGGGUUCUUCUGUGGUUCUGCAUGACAGCUGCAGGCAGCAUGUAGAAGACAGUACUUGCCCCCUAACACAGCCACCUGACUUCAUCGAUGCUGGCCAUGCAGGACCAGAACUCUUCCACCUCCUCAGUCUCGGCGCAACGCAUCAACGCCUCCACGCCCACGCCCAGCCCCGAAGGGUCCUGGAUGGUCGUGCUCAGCAUGACCCUGGGCAUGGCCUCCAACAUCGUCGCCUUGGCGAUUCUGGCCAAGGCGUACGCCCGGCUACGCCGGCGCUCCAAGGCCGUCUUCCUGCUGUUUGCCAGCUUCCUGGUGACCACGGACUUCCUCGGCCACGCCCUCCCAGGGGCCCUGGUCCUCAUCCUGCACUCCGCCCCAGUCUUGCCGUCCCACCCCGCCUUCUGCCAGUUCCUGGGGGGCAGCCUUGUGUUCUUCGGCCUGUGCCCGCUGCUGCUGGGCUGCGUGAUGGCUGCGGAGCGCUGCCUGGGCGUGGCCCGGCCCCUGCUCCACGCCGCCCUCGUCACCACGCCGCGCGCCAGGCUGGCGCUGGGUCUGGUGUGGCUGCUGGCGCUGGGCGUGGCUCUGCUGCCCUCGCUGGGCCUGGGGGCGUACGCCACCCAGCACCCCGGGACUUGGUGCUUCAUCAGGGUGCUGGACCCAGAAGACGCCUCCGACCUGGGCUUCGUGCUGCUGUUCUCCGGGCUGGCGCUGGGCUCCCUGGCGAUGGCGCUGGCCUGCAACACGGUCAGCGGGGUGGUGCUGCUGCGGGCCCGCCUGCGGAGGAAGGCCUGCCCUCGCAGCGCCGCCAAGUCACAUGACAUAGAGAUGGUGGUGCAGCUGGUGGGCAUCAUGGUGGCUUCCUGCAUCUGUUGGAGCCCCCUGCUGAUCUUUGGACUGAUGUCUGUGACAAGCUCCUACGGCCGUGUUCAUGACGACGAGCAGAAGGGCUACUACCACGGGCUUCUGUUGACGGGGGUGCGGCUGGCGACCUGGAACCAGAUCCUCGACCCCUGGGUCUACAUCCUGCUGCGCCGAGCCGUCCUCCGGAAGAUCUACUGCAUCACCGGCCGCCACGGCAACGCCCUCAGGAGGAGCACCCUGCAACGCUGGGACAUCAGCUCCUUCCACAACUCAGAGAAGAAGUGAGGGAGGGAGUGCCCACCGGGAGGACCAUCAACAGGCCAUCAGACUAAAUGCUGUCAGUAUGCCAGAAAUCUGGAAACCCAAAUAUGUGAUAUAAACUGUUUAUGCCUAUGACAAACAUCUAAUUUCAUAGAUGUGUUACUUUCAGUGUUUUGGAAAUGAUGAUAUGCAUGUGAAGUGAAAAUGCAGAACUGUAUUCGAUCAGACACACCUCCAACAUGAAGUCACAGUUAAGAUGCUAUGUGCUGCCUAGCCAAAGGGAACAGGCUGUGCUCCAAUAGAAGAUUUAAGAUGUAAAAGACUUGAAGGAAGAAUGUGUCUGUGUAUAUAUAAUGUCUCUAUUUUCCCCAAUUGUCUGGGGACAUGAAGCAAUUUGUGUUGUGUUGCCUAAGCUAUGGAACUAAACUGUUUUACUAACAUAUCGUGUUAUGAAGUGUUAAUAACAUGGUGUUAGAUGAGCAGAAAUACAUUUAAAUGUAAAUCUAAAUGUAAAUAACAUUUGAUCCUAUAGGAAUAUUCCAAUAAAGGUUGAGUUGCUUGGUUAACUUUU